AUGCAUAUUGUCAUUAAUAUCAGCCCUUUCCGAUUGACCGAGCACGACAGUUAUGCCGAUUUCACCGAGCUCCCUGGCUGGGUCACUCCGGCUCAAAACCCUAAUCGCCAGUUUCAGUCUGAGAUGGCCCAUCGCGAGACGGCACUCAAUGCAUAUUUGCAAGUCUACCCCGGAUUAACGGUCAGAAGUCAUCCAGUAUCACAGGAACCCAGGGCAUUCAAUCCAGGGCCCGAUGCAGCGGCGUAG